GUGGAUGAGGAAAGAAAAAAAGAAGACAAGCCGCCGGAGUAUUAAAUGUCUCAAGAGCAGCGGUUUGUCAUGAUUCACGCUGAGACAACAACACAGUACACCGGCUGAGUUUUAAAUAUUGUAGUUUUCUAGUUCACUGUUAUCGAGAGAGAGAGAGAGAAAGGAUAUAUUCGUCAAACACUGGUUGCGUUGGAUGAAACGCACUGUAAGGAUUUAACCGUCACUCCGCGGAAUAUUUGGAUUUUACUUUAGUUUGUAAGUUUUCUCUGGGAGUCAUAACGGCAGCCAUAAUGCCGCCCGUGUUACCCGUGUCGUGCGGGAACUACGAUUACGACUACGACACAGUGCAGCCCUACUUCUUCGUGGAUGGCGAGGAGGAGGACUUCUACCUGCCUCCCCGCAGCCAGCUCCUCCCGGGCCCCGGCGAGGACAUCUGGAAGAAGUUUGAGCUUCUGCCGACGCCCCCUCUGUCGCCCAGCCGGAGACCGUCCCUCUCGGACGCGUCGCUGUCCGCCGCCGAACACCUGGAGGCGGUGUCGGACCUGCUGGGCGAGGGCUGCGGCCCCUCGGCCGCCUUCCUCCAGUCCUUCAUCAUCCAGGACUGCAUGUGGAGCAGCAGCUUCGCCGCCGCCACCAAGCUGGAGAAGGCCGUGUCCGAGAGGCUGGCGUCGCUCCGCGCACGCCAGAACUCCUCCGGGACCGACAACACUAACGGCGCCGUAGACGGAGCUGAUCAGCAGGUGAGCAGCUCUCUGGUGAACCCGGGGUACCUGCAGGACCUGCACACGGCGCCGACGGACUGCAUCGACCCCUCCGUGGUGUUCCCGUUCACCAGCCUGAGAGAGAAGAGCGGCCGUGGAGCAGCGACGGAGGUAGAAUCAGAACUGUGUCUCGACUCGCCACCUCUCACCAGCAGCGACAGCGAAUCAGAAGACGAAGAAGUAGAAGACAAAGAAAGUGAGGAGGAGGAGGAGGAAGACGAGAUCGACGUGGUGACGGUUGACAGGCGGAAGGCCUCGCGGCGGUCAGACACCGGCAGCGAACCGGACGCCUCGCCGCUGGUCCUGAAGCGCUCUCACGUCAACAUCCACCAGCACAACUACGCCGCCCAGCAGCCCUCAGCGGCUCUCCAGCCGUCUCCCGGGAAACGGAUAAAGUCAGAGAGCAGCUGCCCCCCGUCGCUGAGGCACAGCGGCGGCCGGAGGUGCUGCAGUCCUCGCUCGGACGGCGAGGACAACGGCGCUAAACGCAGGACUCACAACGUGCUGGAGAGGCAGCGCCGCAACGAGCUCAAGAUGAGCUUCGUGGCUCUGAGGGACGAAGUCCCGGCGGUGGCCGGCAACGACAAAGCGGCCAAAGUGGUGAUCCUGAAAACUGCGACCGAGUUCAUCUUUGAGAUCCAAGAGGACGAGAGGAGGCUGCUGACGACGACGGACGCGCUGAUGAAGAGGAGCAGGGAGCUCAAACACAGACUGAAGCAACUGAGGAAGUUACAUUAACACUGGCAGUUUAUUUUACGUUGUCACGUUUUCACGCCGGGGACUGACUUCACGACAUCCGGGCGUCAACUCAACAACACGUAUUAAUCAUUUCACCAAAGUACUGACUCAUGUAAGAUGAACUACAAGAACCAUAAUUCACUGACCGCCCCCUCAGUCGAUUGGUCGACUAAUCGGUCGUUUUUGUUUCAGUUAGGGAUGCACCGAAUCCAGAUUUUUGGGGUUUGGCUGAAUACCAAAUCCAAAACCAAAUACUGAAUUCUAGUCCCAUCCUCAGUCCGUUAACUGUUGAGCUGUGACUGUCCUUCCUUUGCCGUACCUGAAGUUGCUGCAUUU